AUGAAAUGCUUCCCCGCCAUUGCAUGCUUCCGGCAGAAGGAUAACAAGACACCCGAAGCAAACGAACCCAUUCGCUUCGAAGUCAAACUCUCGGUGCUCCAACAUUUCGUAGACUCGCACACUUCCAAAGAGGACGUUUCGCCGAACUUUUCCGCGGCACAUAUGGAGGAACUGAGAACACGCUUGAAGUACUUGACGGACAACAGUACUGAGAUCAAAUGGUUCUGGAAGAACCGACUCAUUGUCCGAUUCGAAAAGAUUAGAGAGAACGAAUAUCCCACGCUCGGCAUCGUCCGACCGGACUUUUGGUUGUCCAGGAGGAUGCAGCUACGACAAGGAGGCUUCCCUUGCGGACUCAGCAUGGAAGUCGUCAAAGAACUCGAAAGAGAGAUUCAGAAAUGGAAGAGCUCCAAUAAGUCAUAG